AUGUCACAAGAUGAUAACAAGAGACUAGUGGUAGUAGUGCCAAACGAGAUGUCCGUCCAGUCGCGUCGAAACUUCACGAGUGAGGACGAGGCAUGGAAGUCUUAUUUGGAGAACCCUCUGACCGCAGCCACCAAAGCCAUGAUGAGCAUCAACGGAGACGAGGACAGCGCUGCGGCACUGAGUCUCCUCUACGAUUACUACAAGGUUCCUAAAGACAAAAGAAUGCUGCCUAUCACUAAAGUUGUAGAGGAUCAUGAAAGGAGGAGUUGCCAGGGAGACCUGGAGUCCCUCAAGACGGUCCCUGUCAAUCUGUCCCUCAACCCCGAGACGCUCAGCACCGAAGCCAAGCGUGAACUCUACGGGUCAUUGCCGGUGGAGGGUGGCGUGGUUGCCACGGUAAAAGCUGAAGUUUACACCCCGCUGUUUUCCAGUCCCGUCCAUCCGCAGCAGGGUCUGCAGUACCAGCGCCCCGCCCUCCAGCAGCUCCCGCAGGAGAGCGCCGCCGCCGGCCACGGCGGCUACAGGGACGAGCGACGCAGAACGCCCGACAGCACCUACGAGGACUCCUUUCCUGGAGACAACACGAAAUUCAGAACACCAGCUACUUUGGGUGCGGAGGAGUUCCUCUACGACCAGUCUGGAGCAGACUCUUUCCAGUACGCUCUGGAGGCCAGCUGUUCGCUGCGGGACAAACCAGGGGAGGACCCUAUGACCUACCUGAACAAGGGUCAGUUUUAUGGCGUCACACUCCGUGAGACCAGUGUCAACAAGGGUCUACGUCAUCCCAUCAGUAAAGUGCGGAGUGUGGUUAUGGUCGUGUUUGGGGAAGAGAAAAGUCGAGAUGAACAGUUAAAACAUUGGAACUACUGGCACAGCAGACAGCAUACGGUUAAACAGAGAGUCCUGGACAUUGCUGAUUACAAAGAGAGCUUCAGCACCAUCGGCAACAUCGAGGAAUUUGCCUACAACGCCGUCUCCUUUACCUGGGAUGUCAAUGAGGAGGCGAAGAUCUUCAUCACGGUGAACUGCCUGAGUACAGACUUCUCCUCCCAGAAAGGAGUCAAAGGCUUGCCUCUCAUGAUUCAGAUUGACACUUACAGUUACAACAACAGGAGCAACCGGCCCAUCCAUCGCGCCUUCUCCCAGAUCAAGGUCUUCUGUGAUAAGGGGGCAGAACGAAAGAUUCGAGAUGAGGAGAGGAAACAAAUCAGAAGGAAGACCAAAGGUCAGGCAUCUACUGGGCAGGGUCACCAUGGAAAGGGGAGCAACGCAGCCGCACUGCCUCUGAAAAAAACAGACGUGACGGUUUUCAAACCCAUGACAGAUCUGGACUCCCAGCCCGUCCUGUUCAUCCCUGACGUUCACUUUGGGAACCUGCAGCGGGCUGGACAGGUGUUUGCCUUUGGUACUGAGGAGGUGGACAGUGAUGGUGUGGUGGUCAAGAGAAUGUUCCGAACAUCAGAGGAUGAUCCCUGCUCACCCCCGGCCAAGCAACUAAAAGGAGACUCACCAAAGAAAGUAUUACUCUAUGUGAGAAAGGAGUCAGAUGAGGUGUUUGAUGCACUGAUGCUCAAGUCUCCAACACUGAAGAGCUUGACUGAAGCUGUAAGUGCCAAGUACUCUGUGCCUAUGGAGAAGAUGCCCAAAAUCUACAAGAAAAGCAAGAAAGGGAUUCUCGUCAAUAUGGAUGACAACAUCAUCGAGCAUUACUCCAAUGAGGACACGUUUAUCCUGGGCAUUGAGAGUCAGGGUGACUUCUUCCGGGUCACGCUCACUGAAAUAUGA